UUGGGAUUAGUCGGCUUGCGAUCGUUGAACAAUGCACACAAUGUUUGGAUUUCUCGGUCGAUUUGUGUGGCUCCUCAGUGUUGUAAUAAGUGUUGCUGUGGCUAGCGAUGAUGGGCCACAGUUUUAUACAGCUGGUGUGGCGGAAUUUCGACCGGCGAUAAUGGGCGCUACUUCGCAACAGCUGUUGGAAUCGAAUCUGGCCGGUUAUCUGGAGCUCAUGCACUCCGGCAAUGGCACUACGGAUAUCAUUGUUUUCCCAGAGGCCACUCUAAAUACAGUACUCACUCUGACAGCGGUGCCGGAGAUCACGGAUCAAAGUUUAUGUGAAGAGCAGCCAGGUGAUGAUCCCGAAAUAGCUCCUUUUCUAAGGCGACUGGCCUGUGCGGCCAGGGAAUAUAGCACCUAUCUCGUUAUAAACGUAAAGGAGCGGUCACCAGAGAAUUGUCCUACGGGAACCACCUGUUCCAAUAGGGGAUAUAACAUCUUCAAUACCAAUGUGGUGUUCGAUCGACUGGGCGCUGUAGUAUCUCGCUACAGAAAGUGGAAUCUAUACCUGGAACCGUCCACCAAUCGAACUGAAUCGCCCGAAUUGGCCACCUUUGGCACCGACUUCAAUGUCACCUUCGCUCAUUUUAUCUGCUUCGACAUGCUCUUCUAUACGCCCGCUCAGGAUUUGGUGGAGCGUUUGGGCAUUCGCCAUUUGAUAGUCACCAAAAUGUUUAACUCCGAGCUGCCUUUUCUCACAGCAUCCCAAUUUCAGCAGGGUUGGGCUUGGGCCAAUCGUGUGAAUCUGCUGGCCUCCGGAGCAAGUGUUCCGCGGUCGGGAAUAAGUGGCAGUGGCAUUUAUGCAGGUCAACAAGGAGCUUUGACUCGUCUAAUGAUCACGGACGAGAUGGAGGGUCAAAGGAAGUUGCUUUUGGCUAAAGUUCCCCUAAAUCCCGAGGAUCAGAUUCUCACGGAUGAGAUUUUGGAACCGGAAAAGACGUCACCGAUUAAGCUAAAACUCCUGCAGCAACCGGAAUUGGAUAAAUUCGCCACCUGGGAAUUGCCCAUGGUCCAGGAAAGUUCGGUGAACAAAAGGAUAUGCCAGAAGGAUUUGUGCUGUGAGUUUCAGAUUAGUUGGACGCUAGUGGAAUCGCUGUCGGGAUAUAGCUACAGAUUGGGUGUUUGGGUGGGCGAAAGGCGCUACGAGGAGGAGCAGUACAGUGCCAUCCGGCUGUGUGGUUUGUUCGCCUGCAGCGGUGCCAAUGUGGAAAGUUGUGGGCUAAUCGGCGAGCAGCAAGGACACCCAGUCAUGUUCACCAAACUACAGAUCCUUGGCGAGUUUGUGCGAAAACCACGGCGUCUCAUUAUGCCCAGCACUCUCGGCUCAUCCAAUCUCUACGCCCUGCAGCCCUCGCAAUUAAUUUGGUCAACGGAGGAAACGGAUAAUCUAACCAGGAUUAAGAUGGAACUGCGACAGCCGCACAGCCAGCUAAUGACCUUCGCCAUAUAUGGCAACUAUUUUGAUGAAUAUGCGUCUGGUGGAGCCGGCACAGUGGAGGCCAUCACACUGGGAGCGCUGCUGUUUCUGCUUAUCACGCCGCUAACGAUGAUGCAUCUCAUCUGGGAGUAGGUCAGUCCAUUAUCACUCACUUAUCUAUGGAUAUCAAACCCUCUUAAGGUGAAAUUCGUUCAGGAGACUAAGGCUAGUGGAUAUUAUUUAUACAUUUAUUAUGUUUCAAAAAGCUUUAUAAUAUUACAUUUAAAUUGUUAUUAAAUACUCCAUGAACUAAUUUAGUGCUUUUCCUUAUAGCUUAUAAUUAUUAUAUGAAUAAAUAACUAAACUAUAUUAUUAAAUUGAAUUUCGCAAAUAAAUUUUAAUUUGGCUAUAAGUUUUUUUUUAUUUUGAAAUUUUUGUGAGUCAUUGAAAAAAUAGUUCUACAACAAAACCCUACCAAAAAAAUAUAUACAAGUCUUAUUUUCUCGGUUUUUUUUAUUAUAAUAUUUAAAAGCAAUGAUAACCAAAACAAUGAUCUAAGCUCUCGUAAUAAAUAUGAAGUGCUUGCCAAACUAUUAAAUUUGAACAAGUCUAUUAAUUGCAAGUCAUUUUUCACAAAUUCGUUUUAAUGUGCAGUUGUGUAAUAAAUCAGGAAAAAUGUGUAUAAAAAUUUUGAUUUACUCGUGCGACUGUCAAAACCGACUUGAUUUUCUUUGUCGCCUGCCAACUCAUUAAAAUCAAUGUGUGCAUGCUUGAGUGUGUAAAUGUAUGUGUGUGUGUGUUGCAAUUGCUGCGGGCUGCACUUUAUAUUUGCAGUUGUUUGUGUAGUUGCCCUUAAGCUGGCACAUUGUAAUUAAGUGUCGCUCAAACAGACACACACUGAAAAAAAACAAGAUUUUUAAGGUCAGCAAUAUAUAUGUAUACUUGUUCAUUUUAAAUAGUUAUACAUUUGACAAAUCCGUUGUCAACAUUUUGUUUGUUUUAAAAAGUUCCUAAGAAAGGUAUUUGUAAAACAAGUCUCCCAAAAUUCUAUUCAUUAUUUUAAAUUGUAGCAACAGCAACUAGACAAAAGAAAAAAUAUUUAUUGUCAAACUUGUUUUUUAGUUGCAAUAAUGUCAAAGGUAAUAUGCAGUAAUAUUAAAACUAUAUAUAUAACUUUAAGGGAUUUAUAAGGGAUCAUAUUCAAAAUGUAUAUUAAAGGACACAAAACCAUAUAGCUAAUGUGUUGAAUGCAUUAAGUAAUAGUUUUGAUAUAUUUGCCCUUAUCACUUAAAUUGGUUUCGAUAUUCUUUUAUUUAUGGUUUAAGGAACAACAAAACCAUUUUUUUUAUUAAUUUCCCAGUAUACCAUUAAGAUGUGCAAUAAAUGUAUUAAAAAUAAUCAUUUUUUGAAGAUUGAAAACUAAAUGACUAAAUAAAAGUGCUUUUAAUUAUAUUUGCAAAAAA